CAUUCCUCCAGUUGCUGCAGCGCAAUGCAGACCAUUAAGUGUGUCGUCGUCGGAGACGGAGAAGUAGGUAAGACCUGUCUGCUCAUAAACUACACCACCAAUGCCUUUCCUGGAGAGUACAUCCCCACAGUGUUCGACAACUACUCCGCCAAUCUUUUGUUCGAUGGGAAGCCGGUGAGCCUGAACCUUUGGGAUACAGCAGGACAAGAAGACUAUGACAGACUCCGCCCCCUUUCCUACCCACAGACGGACAUUUUUCUCAUCUGCUUUUCCCUCGUGUCUCCUGCGUCAUUUGAAAAUGUCCGUAAUAAGUGGAUUCAUGAGGUGAGACACCAUUGUCAGAACACUCCCAUAAUCCUCGUGGGGACCAAAAUGGAUCUGAGAGAUGACAAAGACGCUUUAGAGAAGCACAAGAAGGAGAAGAAGACUAAUAUCUCUCCCAUUAACUACCCUGAUGGACUGGCCCUGUCCAAAGAGAUUGGUUCUGUCAAGUACCUGGAGUGCUCAGCUUUGACUCAACGUGGCGUUAAAACUCUGUUUGAUGAGGCCAUCAGGAUUGCCGUGUCCCCUCCACUUAUCACCAAGAAGACAAAGAAGUGCCUUCUCCUCUAAGACUUCACUGAAACAGUGUAUUUCAGAUUCUGUCCUUCAAUGUGUGCAUCAGUUAUACAGUUGUAAGGUCAAUUUUAGGAGACAUUGCUUCCUAAAAGUGUAUACUGAUUUUUGGUAGUAGAAAUGUUUUCAAAUAGACUGUACACAUGCUGUAUUUUAGCCGAAAAGAAAUUCUUUGAUCUGUUGUCUCUUUAAAACACAGCUGACAGUCUGCUGCUGUUUCCUGCUCAACCACAUCAAGCAUUUAUAAGUUAAAAACGCCACUUUCUCUCUAUGGAAGCAGGCGUGUCAACAAAGAGCUUGCACUUGAACUAACCACCUGUGAAGUUUGGAGUAACGUCUUUACUGGUAAUUAAUUAUUUGCCUUAAUGGUUCAUGUUAAUUCACUCCCAUGAAGUAAAUGAAGUCUGAAGCAGAGAGAAAUGAAUGUUGUAUACGCUUAGCUUUAUGAAGAAAAGCUAUUGUGCUUUUUUGUUUUGUUUUUUAAAGCCAAGAAAUUCCCCUA